GGGCGAAGCGCGCCGCGUCCGGACCACCGUGACCGUCGAACACGGCGAAGAAAGCCACAGCCCGCGGCCGACGAAUGUCUUCUGAACGGCGGGCAGAGCGCAUCGACGCCCGUCGAAGAGUUGAGACAGUAUCAUCGUCCUGAACAUAAGUAACAGUUAUAGAUCCAGGGAUGGAGUCUUGGAUUAAGGCGUCGGGGUUUUGUCUUUGUGCUGCCGUGGUCUCGUCCUUUUCGGCUGCGAUCAGUUCAUCCUCACUCGGCUCAUCCUCCCGACUCAUCGUAGGAGGCAGAGUUAUUUUCCACCGCCUUUUAUUUCAGGACAUGCUUCCAGCCAUGUCUUCUGCGGUGGAUUUAAAGACAAAGGAAGAGAAGGAUGCCGAGCUGGACAAAAGGAUUGAAGCUCUACGGAAAAAGAAUGAAGCUUUGGUCAAGAGAUAUCAGGAAAUACAGGAAGAUAAGAAAAAGGCUGAGCAGGAGGGCGUCGCCAUCACAACAGCUCGCAAACCCCGCCCUCACGAGCCUGAUUCGGAACGGAAAAAGACAGAGAAAGAGAACUUCACUGUGACUGUUGAUUUGUCCAAACCGGCUGGGGAGAAACGUGUAAUGAAUGACAGAAAAUCUUCCAGUAAUAGUGGCGAUCAUGGCGUUGAAGAAGGACACUUUGGUCGGCCUCAAGGCGAGAGCCCCUCUAACAGAACCGGCUCGGGUCGGCUUAGCAGAGGUUGCUAUCGUGGGGUCAGAAGAGAGCCUCGUCCAAACAAAGGUGAACCAUGGCCAGACAGGCAAUCGCAGGAUAAUGAAGGUGGAGAUGGUCCUUCCCUUACCGAACGCUCGUCCAGAGGAGGGCGCAGAGGUGGAAGAGGUGGAGGCAUUCCUCCUCAGGGAGGAACUGGCUCAGACAGAAAAUCAAAGGAGUGGGAGGAGAAGAGAAGGCAGAACAUAGAGAAAAUGAAUGAGGAGAUGGAAAAGAUUGCAGAAUAUGAGAGAGGUCAAAGGGCUGAAAGAGAGAAGAACCCCACCAGGAACUUCCUGGAUGACCCACGGCGCAGUGGGCCAGUCCCAGACACUGACCGCAAGGAGGGCAGCAGACGGCACGUGCGCAACUGGGGCGGCGUUGACUUUGACAGCGUGAAGACUGGAGCCGAAGUUGAGAGAGAAUGGACGAAUCGUAGGCCGAGUGGCAGAGGUUCAGUGGAUAUGACUCUGUCCAUGACAGGUCGAGAGAGAGCCGAGUAUCUCCGCUGGAAAAAAGAGCGUGAACAGAUUGAUGAGGAGCGACUGGCUCGUCAUCGGAAUGCCACCGGCCAGUGGAGACGAGAGUGGGACGCCCAAAAAACAGAUACGAUGUUCAAGGAGGAUUCGGCUGUGGCUGGAGAGGGAACACCUGAUCAGAGCAACAGGAGAGCAGCUAGGGGGCGCAAUGCCAAUGCACAGCAACGCAGCGGACCCUCAGAAGACAACAAGAGACCACCCAAGGAACCGACCUUUGGGGACUUCUUGGGGCAGGGCAAACCCAGACAGGAAGGUCGUGGACGAGGGAAGGGUCGGGGUCAAGGCAAGAACUACAGCAUGCAUGAUAAUCGCUGGGAAGGAGAUCAUGAAGAGGAGAAAGGGAGGAAAGAGGAACAAGAAAAGGAGACGGAGGGAAAGGACAAAGAGAAGGAAAAGGAGAAAGUCAAAGCUCCAUCCUCCGAGAAGCAAACAGACGAUGGAGGGCACGCUGAAGAAGAUGAUGAUGAAUGGGAAGAUGCUAGCGAUGGGGAGGAGGAGGAGGAAGAGGUCGACAAAGAGGAGCAUGAUGAAGAAAACAAAGAUUCACAUAAAGAUGCUAAACCAACAGAAAAGACGUCUACCUCUCCUGCACCUUCUACUCCCAGCCCAAAAGAGAAGAGAACUCCCAGACCCAAAGUCCACAUCCCCUCCCCACAGGAAGCUCUCAGCACUCCCGAAGGGCCCAAACCACUCAGCCCUUUCUCUCUGCUGGAUUGCCACCAGCCAGUGUCAGACUGGGGCGAGGAAAUGGAGAUGCUCUCUCCUAAGAGCAGUCUUGGUGAGAGCCCCCUGAGGCCCAGCAGCAACGAAAGCAGUCCAGCCCAGCCGAAGAACAAUGAACGUAACACGGAAGACGAACCAGAAAAAAAUGAAAGUACAUCUACAGUUGUGGAAUCGGCUAACUGUGAACCCCAACAAGACAAUGUACCAGCUGAAUCUGCAGACACUGUCAUCUCAAGCAGCCAAGAGCCCAUAGUGCCGCCCACCCCAGACAGCGCCAGGCAGAGCGAAGACAGCGAAUCCCCUGCUACAGACCCAGAUCAGAGUCAAUUUGAAACCGAGGUUGAACUGGAUGCAUCAGUGGACCAAUCAGAACAACCGCUCUCAGGUGCUGUUCUUAUUACCAACUUUGAGACUGUGGCUUUUCGAAAGAAGUCCCUUACUUCUGCUGACGUCUAGCAACUAACCAACGCUCUCCCCUGUUUCUGCAACCUUAAGUCUUUGUCUCUCUCUCUCUCUACCCUGUUCCCAAAACUCAUGUAUGCCCCCCGUCCAUCUGUCUCAUGGCAUGAGAUGGCAUCUGCACUCGCCCUUCUGUGUGGUCUUUGACAAAUGGGAUGCAACCCUCCUUAGGUUAUGACAGUUUUUUUUUCGACUGGGACUGAUCGUUCUUGUCUGCAGCUUCGCACUGGUUGUCACUCUCACCUCUGUGAAUCUUGCACAACUAUCCUGCAUCCAUUCUGUUUUUGGAUCCUUCUCAUUACCACUUUUUUGCACCUAGGUCAUGCUUUGAAUGUGGGUUCUGAUUUGUUCCUCUUUCAUGCAUGUUACAAACUGCUUAAAAGAACAGUUCACCCAAAAAUGAAAAUUCUCUUAGUUACUUCACAUCCAAUCAUGACAGUUUUAGAGUUUCACCAUUUUGGAACCUAUACAUGUAUGAAAUGAUUCAUAUUUUUGAGGAAAAACUAGCUAAGGAAACUCGUAUAGACGGUUUCAGCGGUAACAACAUAAACAAACAUCUCCCAAACGUAACUUUCAGUAGACUUCCGCUUGGAAUCAAUAAAAAACUUCUUUCAAAAUCAUGUCCAAAGUGUAUCAACCAUUACACUUAGCUAAUGUUACUGUGUAAAAUGCAAUGCUAGCCAAAAUUUUCUUAAAUUCUGCCAAAUCUGCACAGCGGCGAUCCAUGCUUACUGUCUCUCCUCGUCUUUUGGAAUCCAAAACAUUGAUAUUUUCCACAAGUUAUUUGCUCCAAAGGUCAGUUUAGUCACUCGCCAGAUUGAUAAACAAGCAGGAAGUUAACUUAGCGGUAGCGUGCAUGCGUCCGAUCUAUACAUCUGGGGAUGGUUAAUAAAUUGAGAGAAUUUCCAUUUUUUGGUUACCUGUUUUUUUUAAGCAAAUAAUUGUCCUCCAUCGUUGGAUUCCAUUUUGCAAGUGCAAAAGCAUGCGUGUUUGUUGUCUUGUGUGCAAAAAGGACUGCAAAUGAGAAUUAUCUAUGGUUGACUCUGUAAUUAAAGUCCACCCAAGAGUCCACCCUAUUUAAUCGCUGCUUAGCAUCAUUAUCAUUGAGGGAGAAACGCUUGGCUGUUCUCCCAGAACAGCUGUUAGGUAGACCAGGGUAAACCAAAUAGGGUUCUAGUCAAAGUCGGUAUGGCAGCUUAUUAGAUUUCAAAUCAUUUUAAAGAUAUCCAGGACAUGGCAACGGUGUCUGGAUAUCUGAAUGUGUUACUGUCCUAUAGCAAGACAUUUGGUGCUUUUCCGUUGGAUGGUACAACCCGGUACAGCUCACUUUUGGGGGGUUUACACUGUGUACAGCAGUGGUUCUCAACCGGGGGUCCGGGACCCCGAGAUGGUGCCAGGGGGGCCCCAGUUUUAUGACAUUUUAUAAAAUAAAUUCAUUUAUCAUGAAUUCUGGGCAAUUAAACCAAAAAAAAAUAAGACUACUAAUCAACAGCACUACUUCGUAUCAUUUAAUAUGUUUUGUUAAAUUAAAAGUUGAGUUUUAAAACAGUUUCUUGUCAUAAAUGUUCUUUGGGGGGGCCGCGAAGGAAUACGCCGUACACAAGGGGGGCCGCAUGCUGAAAAAGUUUGAGAACCACUGGUGUACAGUACCUAGUACCAGAUAAUUCUUUUUUAGUACCACCUCGGUUGAGGUUUCAAGCGAGUCGUGCUGAUACUAAAACGUGAUGUGUAACACUGCAGAUCACUACCAGAAUCAUUAUUAAAUGCAAGAUUAGCGCUUACCCUCCUGCGCCACAGAGCAAACCAACUAUAAAGGGCUGUUCACAUUAUAACUAUAACGAUAACUAUUUUAACGUCCACAUCAUAAGGAUGACUUUAUGCUGAUUCUCUCAUGUGCAGCACUCGCGCAAAGCACCUUUAAUGGCAUUUACUAAUAUUGGAUAUAUGCUGU